AGCAAUGUCGGAGUCCGGAGUAUAAAUAUGUAUAUAUAUGUGAUGGGAUGUAUAAAGAUUAUGGAGAGUAUGUGGAUAGAAUAUGUAGUAUAUAUAAAGAAUACAUAGGAUAAAAUAGUGUACAGUAUGUUCAGCAAUAGUCUAAUAGGAUGGGCUUGACUAGAAUACAGUAUAUACAUAUGAAAUGGGUCAAAUCACAGUUUCUUAUGGAAAUACUUUUAAUUAUUCGGUGUACUAACUAGUAUAAAACAGAUCGAUAAUUGUGAACAUUCUCCAUAAUUCUCGCCCUAAUUAUUAAUUUACAACGUAUAUAGGACGGUACUCUUAUUUUGAAGGAUUCCAACGAUUCGUAACUCGGAAGUACAUAGUUAUUCUUGCCUGUUUAGUAGCGGUAUGGAUAUCUAAAGCAACACGGCUAGCUUAUCAAUUUAAAUUGUCUAAACAUGUCUCAAAUACGGUUGUUGAGGGUUUUUCUCAACGAGAGAUUAACAGCUGCUGCUGAGGAGAUAUUCGGGGUCGUUGAAAAAACGGUAGCAGAGUAUCAGGAGGAAGUUGUCCGUCUACAGAGGCUGCUCGACAUUGUUCUUCAACCUGAGAUUAACAUGCCCAGAGCAGACCUCCAGCAGCGUACUCUUUCUUUCUCCGAAGAGGAGGUUCCCCCUGAGCAACAGCAGUGUGAGCAGGAGUGGAGCCCCAGUCUGGGACAGGAGGACCCAGAGCCCAUACAGAUUAAAGAAGAGCAGGAGGACCUCCGGAGCCGUCAGGAGGAAGAGCAGAUUCAAGGGCUUGAGGCAGAUGCCAUAGAAUUCAUAUUCAAUCCUGUCUGUGUGAAAAGUGAUCGUGAUGAAGACCCAACUCAGCCCUCACAUCUCUAUCAAGACCAAAAGGAGGGAAACGGAGAGAGAGGAACUCUACCCAGUACUACAACUGAAAAUAUCAAAACAGAACCUGAUGGAGAGGACUAUCGGGAAUCAGAACCAACCAGUGUCUCUCAGCCUUUCUUUAGUGUAAAUCCAGACUGUUCUGCAGCUCAGAGUGAAAACAGUCAAAGUGUCAGUGGUAUGGAGACUGGAGGACCUCCUUCAGGUUUUAAGUCAGUCAAAUCAAAAAUAAAGAUGAUAAAAGGACAAAUGUCCCACAUCAAAACUAAGGGUAGGAAAUCUACACAGUUGUCCCUCCUGGAAUCACCCAGUCAAAGUCAUGCUACUCCUUGUUGUUGUAAGGUGUGUGGCAAGUCUUUUCAUCACAUGGGUACAUUAAUUAAACAUGUGCAAAUUCAUACAAAGGAUGAAGAAGGUAUUUGUGGUGUGUGUGGAAAAUGUUUUCAGUCUACAGAAAGUAUGCAAGAUCACUUCCAAACUCACAUUGUAGAUAGGUUUUGUUGUCAUGUUUGUGGUAAAGGUUUCACCUUAAACAGUAAUCUAAAAAGACACAUGAGGAGCCACACAAGAGAGAAACCAUAUGGAUGUCAUUAUUGUGGCCAAGGAUUCAGCACUGGCAGCACUCUGAAUAGACACAUUAGGAUCCACACAGGGGAGAAGCCAUUUUGCUGCCCUGAUUGUGGCAAAUCAUUCACUCAGAGUGGACAUCUAAAAAUACACAUGAGGACCCACACAGGGGAGAAACCACAUAGCUGCCCUGAUUGUGGCAAAGGAUUCAGCAUUGCCAGUAAUCUGUCAGUGCACAUGAAGAUCCACACAGGAGAGAAAAGACAAAAGGAUUCAGCACUGGCACCAAUCUGAAAGUGCACAUGAGAACUCAGAGGAGAGACCAUACUGAUGUUCCUCAUAGUAGAAAUGUAUUUCCCAAUUAGGUACAUUAAAUAACAGACACAUCAAGGAAGCACUUUAAAUGUGUGGAACUGGCAGUAUUUUUCUAAAUGAUAGAACUCUGAUAAAGUAACAUGAAGAACAAUCUCAAGAGGGAGAAAACAUGACAGUGUGCUGUUUGGGGAGAGGUCUGGAGACAGAAGAUUGAGAGGCACAUUGUACAGUGCCUUUAAAAAGUAUUCAUACCCCUUGACUUAUUCAACAUUUUGUUGUGUUAUAGCCUGAAUUUACAAUGACUUAAAUAAAUGUAAGAAUUCAUUAUGAGCUUAUAUGGUAUUAAAGUUAAGGGACAUCACCCUGGGUGAGGUGAACCUCAGUUGGGGAUAAAAAGGGAAAACACCAUCUUUUGAACUAAGUGUAUUACUUGCAAAUUACUGUAAGUGUAUACUCCAGGUUGCAAUCCAGCUUGCAAUCCUUAUUAAACAAACUAACCCCUGAUCAAGGAAGUUUCCCGUGGUCUCUUGUAUGAACAUAGGGCAGAAUUCCCUUGUGUUGAACAUAGGGCAGAAUUCCCUUGUGUUUCCAUCUGGUCACUCUCCCAUAAAGCCCAGAUUGGUGAGGUGCCAUAGAGACUGUUAUCCUUCUGGCAGGUUCUCCCAUCUCAGCCAAGGAACUCCGUAGUUCUGUUGGAGUGGUCAUUGGGUUCUUGUUCUCCUGCCUGAUCAAGGUCCUUCUUGCCCGGUUGCUCAGUUUGGUCGGACGGCCAGCUCUAGCCAAAGUCAGGGUAGUUCCAUAUUUUUGCAUUUUCCCAAUGAUUGAGACCACUGUGCUCAAUCAAACAUUCAACACACUAUAAAUUGUUUUAUACCCUUCCCCAGAUAUGUCUCAUCACAGUCCUGGAGCUCUACGGACAAUUCCUUGGACUUCAUGGUAUAGUUUCUGCUCUGACAUGUACUGUCAACUGUAGGACCUUAUAUAGACAGGUGUGUUUCUUUCUAAAUCAUCUCCACAAACAAUUGAAUUGGCCACAGGUGGACUCCAAUCAAGUUGUAGCAACAUCUCAAAGAUGAUCGAAGUAAAUUGGAUGCACUCGAGCUCAAUUUUGAAUGUCAUAGCAAAGAGGUGUGAAUACUUUUGUAAAUUAGUUAUGGGUGUUUCAUUUUCAGUAAAAAAAAAUGUUUUUCUAAAAACAUGUUUUCACUUUGUCGUAAGAGGGUAUUGUGUGUAGAUAGGUGAGAAUGAUUUAUUUAAUCAAAUUUGAAUUCAGGCUGUAACACAACACACUGGUAUAAGUCAAGGGGUAUGAAUACAGGCAUUGUAUAUUCCACUCUUAGGUGAAUAAAAUAUGACUGAAUUACAACUUCAACAUAAGAACAAUACAUCACCCGAAGCAGCCACCACUGUCUAACAGAGAGCAGUCUGGAUUUCUGAGCAACAGUAGUCCCUGGUCAUUAGUUAUAGGAUGACAGAAAGACAUUUGAAACUAUGUCCUCCAUCUCUACAUAAAAUAUGGUUUUGUCAUGGUUUUGAAAUUUGCCACAUUACAUCUGUUAUGAAGUUGUUAAAGGGCAAUUCCAUGGUAACUCUAUGCACAAGGACCACCUUUUAACAAUUUCCACAGAGGAUUUUACAAAAACACAUUUACAGAAAGAACUGUGCAGAUCCAAAUUGUGGUAACAGAAUAAAACUGAGUUUUAUACUGUAAUUCUGUUACCCAACUUAGCAUCUGCACAGUUUUUCCAGUAAAUGUGUUUUUAUUUCAUUUACUGUGUAAAUUGUUCAAAGUAGUCAUUGUGUAUAUAGUUGUAUGGUUUGUUAAACUUAGGAAAUCAAUGGUUUUGGUUUGGCACACAUUUUUAAAUGAAAAAAUCAGAAUCUCAGCGUAAUUCCGUUACCAUGGAAUUGCCCUAUAAAGUAGUUUUCGCAAUAUCAAUUACUUUGUAUAUCAGUUAGGAGCUGAAAUAAUCCUACCAUUAUUGUUACUUCUGAGCUUGAUGCUAAUAUCCACUCUGAGGGGAAAAUACAUUUUUAUUUUGUUUUCCAUGUUUUGAAAAGCAUUAAGAAAAUUGUUGUGCUAUGCUCAAGUGGACCCAUUCAUAUACUGUAAAUGAACCUUCUGAAACGUGUUUUUUUAAUAUUCUAGGGAUUGUACAUUUUAUCUGCCUUUAUAUAAAAGAAUAAAUGUUGAU